CUUAAAUUGCUAGAGUUAAUGGUCUUGAUUUUUGGCUUUGGAGUCUUUUAGCUGGCUGUAACGGUUGUCCUCUUAAGGCUAUUUAUAGUCUUGACGACUGUAGUCUUUUCCUCAUUCAGUAAUCAUAAUCAAAACAAAAAACUUGCUUGUUAGCAAACAGAUAUUGUUAAUAUUCAAAACAGGUCUUUUGAGUAUUAUUUCGUUCUGUCUCAAUAGGUCUUGAGUUCGUUCGCCAUUGAUGAAUUAUAGGUCUAAUUCGUCAAAUAUCGCUUCCGCAUUUUUAAUUCGCAUCACCAAGUCACCAACGCCACCUGCGCUGCAACCACCCAACACAACCACUGGUAUUUUUUGUAUUUUGUUUUCAGGGAAGAACCGCUGGUAUUCUACAAGAGAAGCAAUUAAGCAAAUUAAAGACCAAAAUGGCCACCCGCCUGCCAUGAAAGCUUAGUUAAAAAGGUCUGUUUUUGUUGUUGUGUCUUCAUUUGUAGCGAAAUGUUAGCUCGAAAUCUCCAUUCAUCAAAGAAGCUUAAACGCUUGCUUUCUAUUUAUCACUUCAAUUCAUCUUACCAUUUUGCUUCAAAGUUUUCAUCAUCUUCUUCUUGCAAUUCUUUUUCAACUGUAGUUACACCAACAACUCAUAGUUCAAACCCUUGUUUUCAAAACCCUGUUCUUCAAUUUCUACCAUGUUCAUCUUUUGCAUUGCAGAUUAUCAAAAACUUUUCAGCACAAUCUGUGCAAAACCCAUCUCUGAAUUUGAUAAGAGAAGGUAAUUUUGAUGAAUUUGCAUCUCGAACCCAGCACAUUUGCCCUGGUUGUGGUGUUCAUAUGCAGGGCUUAGACCCUAAAAUGCCUGGGUUUUAUGUUAAGCCUGCUACUAAAAACCCAGAUUACAAAUUGUCCAUUAGUCGAAAAUUUGUAAUUGAUGAACCUGAUGUAUCCAAUUCCCUCAAAAGGGGUGAUCUUAGCGAGUUUGUAGAUUCCCAAAACCCUCCCUUAAACCCUAAGUUGUCAGAGAAGCCGGUUGUUUGUGCGAGGUGUCAUUCUUUAAGGCAUUAUGGCAGGGUUAAAGAUGCUAGUCUGGAAAACUUACUGCCAGAUUUUGAUUUUAAUCAUACUCUUGGUAAGAAGCUGGCUUCUGCCGAUGGGGUUAGGUCAGUGGUUUUGAUGGUUGUUGAUGCAGGGGACUUUGAUGGGACGUUCCCCAAAAAGGUUGCCAAGCUGGUUUCAGCUACCAUUGAUGAGAAUAUGAUGGCUUGGAAGGAAGGGAAGCCAGCGAAUCUUCCUAGAAUGGUGUUGGUGUUGUCCAAGCUUGAUUUGUUACCGAGUUCGUUAUCCCCCACUCGGUUGGAGCAUUGGAUUAGGCAAAGGGCUCGGGAGGGUGGGGCGAAUAAGUUGACCAGCGUGCAUAUGGUUAGUGCGGUGAGAGAUUGGGGUGUGAAGAAUUUGAUUGAGGAUGUGACGAAAUUGGUUGGGCCAAGGGGAAAUGUGUGGGCAAUAGGGGCUCAAAAUGCCGGGAAAUCUACAUUGAUCAAUGCAAUAGGGAAGCAUGUAACUGGGAAAAAUGCACCUAUAACUGAGGCACCUGUACCUGGGACAACAUUGGGGAUAAUUAGGUUGGAAGGAAUCUUUCCUGGAAAGACGAAGUUGCUUGAUACACCGGGGCUACUACAUCCACAUCAUAUAGCUACUAGGUUGACAAGGGAUGAACAGAAGCUCGUGCAGAUUAACAAGGAGCUGAAGCCAAGGACUUACAGGAUCAAGGUUGGUCAAACAAUUCAUAUAGCUGGGCUUGCAAGGCUAGAUGUUGAAGAAUUGUCUGCAGAGUCCGUUUAUGUUACUGUAUGGGCUUCCCCCCUUUUACCAUUGCAUAUGGGAAAAACUGAGAAUGCUGAUAGAAUGCUAACAGAUCAUUUUGGUCGACAGUUACAGCCGCCAGUAGGAGAGGAUCGUGUGAAAGAGCUUGGUAGCUGGUUGAGACGGGAAUUUCAGAUAACGGGAAGUAGUUGGGACUCGAGUGCUGUUGAUAUCGCUGUUGCUGGUGUUGGGUGGUUUUCCAUUUGCAUAAAAGGAGAGGCAACCAUCAGUGCUUGGACUUACGAUGGAGUUGAUGUUAUUCUUCGGAAUUCGCUGCUUCCUCAAAGAGCACAACAGUUUGAAGUUGCUGGAUUUAGUGUCUCAAAACUUGUUGCAGAGGCAGACAAAACAUCCAACAAACUGAAAUCUCAAAGGAAAGAGAAAACACACCCUGCUCCAAUCCCAAUUCUGAAAUCCUAAACUUGUACUCUAAUUUUUGUUUUUAGUUUAUGGUUUUGUCGGCGGUAAAAUUAAAGGCUUUUUUUAUACAUAAAAUCUUAAUCCGUUUAACAAGACUUUUUUUCUUAUUAGUUUAAUAUAAACUUUUAUAUAAGGCGGUCUUAAAAGACCACCUUGGUGUCGUAUAAGUUAAACAAUAAAACCAAUUAGUUAAGCACUUAAAGUGGUCUUUUCGA